AAUGGGCGUGCGUCAAAUAAUCAAUUGCCCCAUCUCUCCCAGUCUCCCUCGCACGUCGCUCCCCUGCCGCUUCUUGCUGCUGCCGGCGGCGGAAGAUGUCCUACCUGCUGCCGCAUCUGCACUCGGGGUGGGCGGUGGACCAGGCCAUCCUCGCCGAGGAGGAGCGCCUCGUCAUCAUCCGCUUUGGUCACGACUGGGACGAGACCUGCAUGCAGAUGGAUGAAGUGCUGGCAUCAGUAGCUGAGACCAUAAAGAACUUUGCAGUUAUCUACCUUGUUGACAUCACCGAGAUUCCUGAUUUCAACACCAUGUAUGAGCUUUACGAUCCAUCCACAGUGAUGUUCUUUUUCCGGAACAAGCACAUCAUGAUUGAUCUUGGGACAGGAAACAAUAACAAGAUCAACUGGGCCUUGAAGGACAAGCAAGAGUUCAUUGACAUUGUGGAGACUGUGUACAGGGGUGCCCGGAAAGGCCGUGGUCUGGUGAUUGCUCCAAAGGACUACUCCACCAAAUAUCGUUACUAAGGCAUUCGUGUUGGCAGCCGCUGCUGUUCAAAUUUCUAGCCUAGUAUGUUCUGUAAGGGGGAGCACUCAGACAAGGGAUGUUUACUUGCCGAGUGUUGCUUAACCGUAUCUUGGCAUGUCUUAAACUUGUAAAUCUGUAAUCGUGAGUUGAUUGUUCCGAGUGUCAAAACAUGAUUUGUGUUGUCUAUUAGUCUGAGUAUAUGUUACUAUAAAAAAAGAUUGCUGGUGGUGCACGUGAGAA